UCAAUCAACAUGCCUCCCAAGAAGAGCGCUAUCGCCGCCGCGGCGAAGAGUGGUGGAGGAAAGAAGAAGAAGUGGUCGAAGGGCAAGGUCAAGGACAAGGCCCAAAACAUGGUCGUUCUGGACCAGCCCACCUACGACCGCAUCCUCAAGGAAGUGCCCACGUUCAAGAUGAUCAGCCAGUCCACGCUCAUCGACCGUAUGAAGAUCAACGGCUCGCUGGCCCGUGUUGCCAUCCGUCACCUCGAGAGGGAGGGACAGAUCAGGCGCAUCAUCCACCACCACGGCCAGCUCGUGUACACUCGCGCCAGCGCCGAGUAAAUCGAUUGACCGUCCAUUCCUUUCCUAUGUAGCACCAUGACGCUCUUCAUUCACAC